GCGAUAGUAGAUGAAUCCCUUUCUGCAGACCACAGUUGCAAUAAAGCUCCCAGCAGGAGCAAAUCUAAAGAGAAACAUUCAUUACAGCUCCCUGACUGUCACACAAUGGAUAUCCUGUUCACCGCUUCCUUUCCUGUUUCAUGUCAGAACUCUAGUGACUAUAAUCUCACAACUCUCUGUCCUGAUAACCAAACCACAAACUCAACGCCUCCAUCUCUGGCUAACCCUCCAGCGUUUGGGAUGUCCUACUUCACCAUGACCCUGGGCGCAAUCUCAAAUCUAACUGCACUGGCGAUCCUCGCCCAUUCCUACGCCCGCUUCCGCCGAUGGGCCAAAGUGCCUUUUCUACUACUAGCUUCAGUCCUGAUUCUGAGCGACCUGGCAGGUCACGUGAUCACGGGGGCUUUGGCACUUCACCUCCAUCUUGGGAGACUGAAACAUCACGGGGCGGCAGUAGCAGUGGAGCCUCCACAGGUUUACUGCAAAUUAUUUGGUGGCUGCAUGGUGUUUUUUGGCCUUUCCCCUCUGUUUUUAGGCAGUGCGAUGGCAGUGGAGCGCUGCAUAGGCAUUACCCAACCUCUUCUGCACCCGGCGGUGGUCACCAUGACACGUGUCCGCCUCACCGUGCUGCUGAUCACCUUCUCAGCUCUCACUUUGGCAGGACUCCCUCUGCUAAACGUGGGCAACUACAAACCACAGUUCCCCGGAACCUGGUGUUUCUUACCUGUGAACGGGCCGCUCUCCAUCGCAGAUGCCAGCCUUGUUGUUUUUUCCACGCUGGGGCUUGUAGCAUUAACUGUCUCAGUUGUGUCUAACACUAUAAGCGGGCUGAAGUUGCUCCAGGCAAGGUUUAAGGACCGCUGUGUUAAGUCAAGCACUGCUCGGAGACAUGCAUCCCUCUCACCUUCGUCGCUUCACUCCUUGGAUGUGGAGAUGAUGACACAGCUGGCCACGAUAACAGUGGUCUCCUGUGUCUGCUGGAGUCCUUUUCUUAUUUACAUCCUCAUAUCCGUUAGCAGGUUUUAUGAAGGAAUCAGAAGGCCGCGGCGUCAGUGUGAGAAGCUGCUUCUGUUAGCUCUGCGCUUAGCUAGCUGGAACCAGAUUUUGGAUCCGUGGGUUUACAUCCUCCUACGGCGAGCGGUUCUGCGCAGAAUUCUUCAGCUGCUGCAGCCGGACAGAGUCCUGUUUACACAGAGCAGCUCCUACAGAGACUCGCACAGAAAGCAAAUUAGUUUACACUGAUUAUUACACACUUGUUUACACUCAUUUCGAAUAUGUUUACAUAUAGAAACUCAUCAAAAAUACAUUCAGAGUAUUUAUAAAGAAUGUGCUUAAAACUGUCUGUGAAAAAAUAUUGUUUUUCCUUGUAAAAGAAGUGAAGAAACCUUAAAAGUACACUACCAGUCAAAAGUUUUUUAAUGUUUUUAAAAGAAGUC